GGGAAAUGUAGGACCUCCGCCAACCAUAUAAAUUACACACGACUUCCUUUAUCGCUCUCUUUACUGCGCGAGCCUGGAGGAAGCAGGCACUUAUAAGCCGCCAUGCCAGUUGCCAGGAGUUGGGUUUGUCGCAAGACGUAUGUCACCCCCCGCCGUCCCUUCGAGAAAUCCCGUCUCGAUCAGGAGUUGAAACUCAUUGGCGAGUAUGGGUUGAGAAACAAGCGUGAGGUGUGGCGGGUGAAGUUCACACUGGCCAAGAUUCGUAAAGCUGCCAGAGAGCUCCUCACUCUUGACGAGAAGGACCCCAAACGUCUGUUUGAAGGAAAUGCCUUGCUUAGACGUCUUGUAAGAAUUGGUGUGUUGGAUGAGGGUAAGAUGAAGCUCGAUUACAUCCUGGGUCUGAAGGUUGAAGAUUUCUUGGAGAGGAGGCUACAGACACAGGUCUUCAAGCUCGGACUGGCCAAGAGCAUCCAUCAUGCCCGUGUCCUAAUUCGUCAAAGGCACAUUCGUGUACGCAAGCAGGUGGUGAACAUCCCCUCCUUUGUGGUUCGUCUGGACAGCCAGAAGCACAUUGACUUCUCCCUGAGGUCUCCAUACGGUGGUGGACGCCCAGGCCGCGUCAAGAGAAAGAAUGCCAAAAAGGGCCAGGGAGGAGCUGGUGGAGCUGACGAUGAGGAGGAGGAUUAAAAAGGAUGUUUUGUUUCCAGCGAGUUUGAACCCUUUGUCAUACUGAAGUUUCAAUAAAAUUGUUCAGACCAGAAA